GUUAACAAAUUUUUAUGUUUUCGGUUUCGGAUUAAAAUUUUAUUAAAUGAAAAAAAUUAUUUUUCAAUAAUAUAUCGGUAUAUAUAUUAUAAAUAGUAAUUUUUUUUUAUUAAUAAAAAAAUAUUAAUAUUGUAACGUAAAGUACGGCCCAUUUUUACGUUUUUCGUUUUUUUGCAUAUUAUAAUAAUAAUUAAAAGCGUAAAUUUGAUAAACCAUAAUUACGAAACAGAAAAUAAAUAUUAUUAAUAAAUAUAAUAUUAUUAUGUAUAUAAAAUAUAAAUAUACAUUAGAAUAUAAUUUAAAAACAAAAAACAAAAUAAAAAGUUGAGAACAAAAAAAAAAUUUUUAAGCUUUGCUUGGAAUAUUUUACACAACAAAAAAAUAACAAAGCUUGAUUAAUUUGUUUUAAAAUUUUAAAUAAAAAAAAAAAAGGAGAACGUAUUUUCCCCAGGGGGGAAAAUUCGAUUUUUGUGUUCUGUUUUUUUUACGUUUUAUUACUUUUAAUAAAAAUAUAUGUACAUAUCUGGCUAUAUAUGCAAUAUUAAAAUUGUUUUGAAGUGAAAUAAUUUUUUUAAGCUUUCAUUAUAUUACAUUUUAAUAUUUUAAAUUGAAAACAAAAGAAAAUUAUUAAAAUAAUGCACUACCUAUCUACCUACCUAUGAAUAUUUAAUGGUUAAUUAGAAAAAAAAUUAAAAUUAAUUUAAAAAUAUUCGUGGACUUUAAAUUUUUCUAGCAAUUUGUAUAAUGAAAGUUUUGUGUAAGUUCAAUUGGAAAAAAAAAUUUGUUCAUAAUGUGAAAAAAUUUAUAAUAUUUAAAAGUGACAACGAAAUGUAAAAAAUAAAUGUGCAAUAAUGGAAAAUUAUUUGCAAGAUUAAAUUUUAUGUGAAUAAAACGAAUUUUCUAAAAUACUUUGAAUUUCAUCUAGCAUCUUUACUUUCUUAAACUUAUACCAAUUGCAAACAAAACGAGUAAAUAAUGUCAUCUUUUAUAACUGCAAAAAAGGCAGGUCCACCUAUACCACCUCGACCUAUAAUAAAUAUACAUCAUCACCAAAAUCAAAAUCAAUUACAACAACAAAAAAAUCCACCUUUUACAACUGCCAAUACAAAUCAAAUGCCGUCAAAGUCUCGAAUUGAUUCUUCAAAAUUAUCCCAACAUUACUCUAAUCAAUCAUCAUUCCAAUCACAACGUAUUCAUGUACCCAAUAACAAUAAUCCAAAUAAUACUAAUAAUCAUAAUAUCAAUAUAAUUACUGGUAACAAAUCGGGAAAAAUUAACAGUAUCGAUUCAAAUGAAAUUAAAUCACCUUUAUCAAGUUCCAAUAAAAACUAUACAACCAUAACAACUACAACAAACUUGAAGAAUUCGGCUUCCUCAUCAUUACCAGCAGCAACUACAACAGCGUUUACAUCAAAGAAUCCUAUGCUUAUUACCGAUCUUGAUGAUGAUAAUAAUAAUUAUGAUUACAAUACAUAUCAUCAUCAACACUAUAAUCAACAAAUAUCAUCUGAAAAUAUUUAUGAUAAUAAUAGUAAACAGAAUUUACGUGAUGCACCUAUUGUACCGAAAGUAAUUACCGGUGGUAGAACCGUUAUAUACAAGUCACCGACAUUUAAUUCAAAUAAGAAUCAUGAAGAUAAAGAAAUAAAUAAUAAAAUAAUUUUAAAACAAACUAAUAAUAUACAAAAACAAUAUAAUAAGAAACCACAAAAUAUUUCUAUAAAACCAACAUCAUCAUCUUCAUCAAUAUCAACAUCAUCAUCAAUUUCAUCAUCGAAUUCAUCAACAGCAUCAGCUUCAAUAACAAUACCGGAUAAAUUAAAUUAUAGUAAUCAAAACGAGGCAUUCAAUCAAAUUGUUAUAAAUCAUCAUAAUAAUAAUUUUUCACAAGAUAAGCAAAAUAUAAAUACAAAUACAACAUCUUCAUCUAUGUUUUCAAAUAUAAAAAAUUCUUCUUUAACUUCUUCUGUAACACGUAAUUAUCAACAUCAUAAUGAAUAUAAACAACAACAACAGCAAAAGCAGCAGCAACAAUCUUUAAAUAAUGCGUCUGGAUCUUCUAUUAAAAUAAUUACAAAUGGCAAUAAUUCAAUUAAUAUGACAUCUUUGAACUUAAAUAGCAACAAUACUAGCAGUAAUAUUAAUAAUAAUAACAACAACGAUAAUAAUAAUAAUCGUGGUGUCAAUAAUAAUUACCAUUCAAAUAUGAAUAAUAAUAAUAACAACAAUAAUAGUAAUGUUAACAGUAACAGUAAUUUUAAUAGAAUAAGGAAUGAUAAUAAUGGAAAUUCUAUAACUUCAGCUAUUAAUUCUUAUAAUAAAACAAUAAUUCACAAUAGUAACAAUUAUAUUGAUAACACAUUUAAUAAUAAUAAUAAUAACAAUAGUUAUAUUAGUAACAAUAAUAAUGAGUCAUUAUCAUCAGCAAAAAUUAUUGUUAACUCUUCAUCAUUAAGUAAUAGUACGGCUACAACAACAGCAACAUCAACAAAUGGAAAUAAUCGACGAUUUUUUAAUGAAUUAAAUUUUCCAACAAAACCAAGUGAAUUAAAACGAAAUCGUACUGAAAUCAUUAUUAAAACUAAUAAAAUAUAUUCAAAUAAUAAUAGUAAUAAUAUCAAUAAUGUUUAUAAUAAUAACAGUUACGACAGUAAGAAUAAUAUUAACAAUAAAGUUGGAAGCUAUGAAAAUGUCGUUGAAAAUAAUUUGAUAAACAAUCAUAAUAAAUUUUCAAUUGCAAAUGAUAAUAAAACCAUUGAUAUGGAACAUAAAUUAAAUAAUAAUAAUAAUGAUUGUAAAGAUGAUAAAAAUAAUAGUAAAUUUAUUACAAUAUCAAAAUCAUCAAGUGAAAAUAAUAAUGAUCCACAAUUAUCACCGAAACCAAAACCUAGAAUAAUUCCGCGCAAUGAUUAUAAUAAUGUUAAAAUAUUAAAUUGUAAUUCAACAAUAGAAACAACAACAUCACCAUCACCAAUUGUUGGUAUAAGUAGAUCGCAUAGCACUUUAUGCUCAGUGAAUAUACCAAAACAACAAAAGUCAUCAAUUAUUAUCAGUAAUAACAAUAAUAAUAAUAAUAAUAAUAAUAAUAAUGAAAAUAAAAUAAAUUAUUCAACAACAACAACAACAACUGCAACAACUUUUAAUGGUGAUAUAAAAAAUACACAAGUUUAUAAUAAAGAAAAAUCAACUAUAAUAACAACAAUUCCAACAAAUACAGCAUCGAUUUCAACAAAUACUAAUGCAAUAAUUUCAAUCGAUGAUAGUAAAAAAUGUGAUAUAAAUUCAAUUCCAGUAAAUAAAUUAGAAAUGGAAAAUAAUUUAAAGAAUGCUGCUGAACGUUUAUUUACUGAAAUAACAAUAAAUCAAUCAUCAAAUUCAUUAUCUAAAAAUAAAACAAUGAUGAUGACAUCACCGGCAAUUUCUGCAAAUAAAGAAAUUUCAAAAUCAAUUAAUGAUAAUACUACAUCGAUGACAAUAUUAGAAAACGGAAAUAAUAAAAUAAUGGAAAAUAAUGAGAAAACAGAACAUUUAAUAUCAGUAAGAAAUAAUAAAAUUCCUAGUCCAAAUAUUAAAAUAUCAUCAUCACCAAAAUUAAAUAAUAAUGUAAAAGUUCAACGAAGUACUACAUGUGUAAGUUUAUUACAACGUCCAGAACCAGAAGGUGGUUGUGAUCAAAUAACACGAUCAAAUGAAAUUAAUAAAACACAAAGUCGUAUUAGUGCCUUACCACCAGAGAAAAAAGCUGCAUUUCAUGAAAUCCUAAUAUCAGAAAUUGCAGCAAUGCGUCACACUGAUGAUUCAUCUGAAGAAAUAAUUCAAAAAAAUAAAAAAGGAAUGAUAACAACAUUACCAUUAACAAAAUCCAAAACAUCUUUAGCAUUAUUUAAUGGUAAUAAAAAUAAUAAUAAUACUAGUGAAAGAAAUAAAAUUAAUUCAGUUCCAUCAGUUCAAAUUAAUGAUAAAUUCAAUAAAAAUAAUGAAAUUAUUAAUGAUUCUAAAUCAAUUGAAAAAAUUGGAAAAACUACUCCAGUUGAUCCAGAAUCUCAAGAGAAAAAACAGGAACAAUCAAACCAAGAUAUUAUCACAACUGAUCUUGAUAAUUUAAGUGAUGAUCAUUUAGAAGAGAUCGAUGAUAAUUCAUUAAAAAUGAAUGAUGAAUUAUUGAGCAAUGAUAGUAAUAGCAAUAAAUGCCAUUUAAUAAAUAAUAAUUCAAGUGAUGAAAAUGAACGUGAUAUUAUUGAUAUAAAAGGUAAAAAAAAUAUAUCAAAACAAUUAAGAAAACGUUAUCCAUCUGGUUGUUCAACUGAUUCAUCACCAUAUGGUACACAAAGGUCAACAACAUCAUCGAUGUCAUCAUCAAGAAUACGUACAUCUGAUUGGAUUGAAGUUGGUGAUAAUGGUAAAAAAUUAACAAUGUCCAGUUGUCAUAUUAGUUUAGAAGAUUCUGGAUUAGAAGAUGAAAUUGAUCGUAGUUUAGAUGGUAAUGAUGAAGAAGAUAUAAGAUCAACUGAGGUAAUUGUUGGUGAUUCAUGGGAUAGCGUAAAGAAGAAUAUAACUGAAAGAAUGUCUUUACCCGGUCUCCCACCUUUACCAAAAAGCUUAGCAGCUAUUGAUGGACCAACGAAUAAUACUGUUAAUAGUAUUUUAAAUCAAAAUAAUAUUAAUUCAAAUAGUCCAAAUAUUGGUGGAUCAUAUCUUCAACAUCAUCAUAUUCAACAACAACAUCAAUUACAACAGCAACAUCAUCAUUUAAAUAAUGUAACAUCAACAACACCAACAACAUUAUCGACAACAACAUCGACAUCAUUAUAUGAUAGUCAUCAACAACAGCAUCAUCAUUCUACUAGAUCAAUAAAUAACAGUAAUAAUAGUAGUAUAAUAUCAAAUACUAUUAGUAAUAGUAGUAGUUUAAUACCAUCACAAUUAAAUCGUACUUCGACCAAUAGUUUAUCAAGUAUUGGUAGUAAUAGUAACAUUAUGACGGGUUUAAAUUCAUCACCAAUAGCAACAACAAAUAAUUCGAUAACAACAAAUAAUUCAUUAUCAUUAUCACAAACGACAGCGACUACAACAGCAACAUCUAUGACAAAUAAUACAACAUCAACGUUAGAUACACAAUUGGCUGUUUUAAGAAGAGAAAUGGUGAGUUUGGAAUUUAUUUAUGUGUUCAAAUUUCAUAUAACAUUAAAUUUUUGUAAGUAAAAACAAUUUGAGUAA